AUGCUUAGAAGCAUCGCUCGUCGUCAAUUUUCAUCCACCGCAUUCAAUCCAUACAAAGUUACCGUUUUAGGUGCUGGUGGUGGUAUUGGUCAACCUUUGUCUUUACUAUUGAAGUUGAACCACAAGGUCACUGAUUUGAGACUAUAUGAUUUGAAGGGCGCUAAGGGUGUUGCCGCUGAUUUGUCCCACAUUCCAACCAAUUCUACCGUGACUGGUUUCACUCCAGAAUCUAAGGAAUCCCAAGCUGAACUAGCAGCUGCUUUGAAGGAUACCGAAGUUGUCUUGAUUCCAGCAGGUGUUCCAAGAAAGCCAGGUAUGACACGUGACGACUUGUUCUCUAUCAAUGCUGGUAUUGUUCGUGAUUUGGCUGGUGCCAUUGCCAAGAAUGCUCCAAACGCUGCCAUCUUGGUCAUCUCUAACCCAGUUAACUCUACAGUUCCAAUUGUUGCCGAAGUGUUGAAACAAAACGGUGUUUACAACCCAAAGAAGUUGUUCGGUGUCACCACAUUGGAUGUGAUCCGUUCCUCCAGAUUUAUUUCUGAGAUAAGGAACACCGAUCCAACCACCGAACGUGUCACCGUUGUCGGUGGUCACUCUGGUAUUACCAUUCUACCAUUGAUCUCUCAAACUAAACACAAGUCGAUGAUUCAAGGUGAAACUUUGGACAAAUUGGUCCACAGAAUCCAAUUCGGUGGUGAUGAAGUUGUCCAAGCCAAGAACGGUGCCGGUUCUGCUACUCUAUCUAUGGCUGAAGCUGGUGCUCGUUUCGCCAACAGCGUGUUGGCUGGUUUCGAAGGUGAAAGAGACGUUGUCGAAUCCACUUUCGUGGACUCUCCUCUAUACAAGAGCGAAGGUAUCGAAUUCUUUGCUUCCCCAGUGACUUUGGGUCCAGAAGGUGUUGAAAAGAUUCACGGAAUUGGCGCUUUGUCUGAAAAGGAAGAAGAAAUGUUGGCCAAAUGUAAGGAAACUUUGAAGAAGAACAUUGAAAAGGGUCAAAAAUUCGUCACCGGUAACUAA